GAGUAAUGUGAAUUACACGAAGUUACAAGUAGCCUAUGCUUAACACGUCCUUGAUUGUAUCUGUUUCAUGCCCACUCUAGAUAGGUGCACACGACCUGGAAAUUACAAAGCUUCAUUUCAUUGUCAGUUAAGCUUAUGCGAACGUUAAAACGAGUACGGACUGCAGUGAAUCGGUUUCAACAAACAAAACUCUCUCUUGACAUGGAGAACACUGUUCCGCGGAAUAAACGAGGUUUCCUAUCCUCGAUACCUUCUGAAUCUUUAUGGAACACUGAAUGUUUAUAGUUUGUAAAUAUUUAAUCGUAAAUUCGAUCAUAACAACAAUCAUACACGCGAAUAUCCUCUUUAAUUUUUAUAGUGUGCUGAUAUCAUAGAUAUCGAUAAUCAAAAAAUUUAAAUGUGCUUCUUACUAAGUGUUAUGACUUUUAGCGAUGUAAUUAUAUAGCAAUUGUAUUUGUGAAAUAUACCAAUAGUAAAUGUGUCUUAUGUUUGUACUGUUCGAAAUGAUAUACAUAGUUAUACAUCCAAUAUGAUUGAUUGUUGUAUCGUGUAAUAUAAUCAAUGACCGUGGGACGAUUAAAAUUUCAUUGGAUCCAAAAUUUAAAUUUUUAAAUGUUAUAAAUGGUAUCAAAAAUGAUCGAAUGAUUGUAAUCCCAGUGAUUAAUAUGUUCGCUGCUAUUCCCGUCCUGCUAUUUGAACACAAGCUCUAUAUGAUGUUAAGUGACGCUGUCUAAUUAUAUUAUUACCGCGAUAAAGAUAUAAAAAUAGAAAUAAUAUAUAACUGUGUGUAUCUGAAGGAGGAGAAGUAAAAAUGCAAAGAUAUAUAAAAAUAAAAUUAGGAAUCAAAUAGUAAAAGCACUCGUUAUGAUUCUAUACUUAUACUGUCGUCCAACCGGACUGUGGUCCCAUUCAGAAUGUACACUGUUAAUGCGAGGUGAUUACGCAUUUGUCACCAGUCAAUGCCAAUCGUUUCGAGUAGAGAGCCGGUAGAGUUCGACGUUAAGGCAUUACAGUACAGAUUGCAUCUAUCAAUUGACAUGAGGAUAGUUAAGUGCGCUAACCUACACAAAACAAGGAAAAAGCACGUGUUUCGAUGAUUCCGAAUACAAUUCGAAGUAUUAAAUAACGUUUAAUCGAUUUUGUAUUUAUAUUGAUCGUACUUUAUUGGUGCCAAGCUCUUUUUACUCUUUUCUACAUUAAUGUCUCCACAGAGCCAAUUGCUAUCCGAUGCUGAACGCUAUUCUAAUAAUUUCUCAAUUAAUAAAACAGUAGUUUGAAGGACAGUAGAAAUGUAAACAUCAUUCAAGUAUGUAAUAUAAAUUAAUAAAAAAUAAAUAAUGAAAGUAAUUUUAAUCCAGCUAGUUACAAUAGAUAUUUCAAAAGAAAGACACAUUAUUGUAGAGCGUACAUUAUCAGCAAGUGGAAUUGUGUGACAUGCAUUAGAAUCACGCGUCUAAUCGCAUUUCUGUUUUGUAUGCAGGAUUGUGCAUGAAUGUAAUUUAAAGAAUAGCGCACAUAGUUCAAUACUUUGUUACUAUUAUACUCAACAUUUUAUACACAUUGCAAUGUACUACAGUUAACAGAUGUGUGCUGCCUUUAGAAUGAAACAACCUUCCCUUUUUGGGAUUGAAUUGGUUACCCGAAAAUGUCGAACAAACAUUUCAUUUCAAAUGCAAUCAUGCAUUUCUCCCAAUACUAUCGAACGAUAUCGCCCAUAUGAAUCAAUAUUCAACUGUACAUGAGCAUGAAACUCGACGAGAGGUCAAGUGCAAGUAUAAUGCACAAUAUCAAAGUACAAUAGAUCAAAUAUAUGAUUCGCUCUUGUUAACUCAUAUUGAACAAAGUUGACAACGUAUAUAUGAAUGAAUACUUUUAUGCAUUGCAAACAUCUUCAAAGCGACGAUGCAUUGAAAUUAUAAAUUAUAUUUUUAUAAAUAUUUAAAAUAUACAUAUAUUUUCUUUCGUACGAGUAAAACGCAGGGCGUAAAGUAACAUAAAGUUUAAAAGCAUCCUAAUUAUGUAAAAUUUUACUAUGAACCAAAUGGAUAUUCAAUAAUUCGUAAAUAGUGUACAACGCCAUCUUUCAAUGGCUUUGGAAAGUACAUAUUCAGUAUCAUCGGGUCUUCGACCUGUCCUUUUCUCGUUAGUGUGUGCUUUCAGUGCUUUGACGUUUUAAUAUGUGAUGUGAGCCCCCGAACUAGCUGCUACUCGCUGGGAAAUCUACGAUUCUAUGACAGAGACAGACAGAAAGCCGCAAUCUUAAUUAAGAUCUUCUCAAAAUAAACAAAGAAUCAUCUACUAGAAUAAAAUGACCAACAUGCAAGUUAUUCUGAGAGAGCAUUUCAAGAAUUCCUCUAAGCUUUGCUACUUUGCGUGCUUAUAAGCAAGCGACGCUUUACUACGAUGACGUUAAGUAUAGAAGGACUUUACACUUGUUUAUUCCAUGAAUAUUCCUCUAAAUAUUUAGAAGCAAUUAUUUUUACGUCACAGAAAAUAACUGGUUUUCUACGAAGAUAUUUCGCUCUUAGUCAAAGGAUAAAGUCUUAGUCAACGGAAUUCUUCAUUCCUAUUUUGAAAUCUUCACAGAAGCAUCCUAAGAAGCUUUUAAUUUUCAAAGUGUAAAAAAUGUCAAAAAAUAGCAUAGAGCAAUGAUUUUUAUUUAAGGAACAAAGUGUCAAAAGGACGAAAAUUUAUGUAAAUUUAUUUGUGUUAACAUCAUACUAUAUUAAUAUAAGAAUGCUUUUUAAUUAGAAAAUUUAAAGGCAGUCUUUUAUCAACAAAUAAUGAUAGAAAAAUGCUCUCACGAUGAAGGAAAGCAGAUAAAGAAAAGAAAUAUCGGCGAGUCCGUGGGCACGAACGAUAAAGUUACGAUUUGCUGGGCAAUCAAUGUGAAAACCGGUUGUUGGUUGGAGCAUAAUGUUUCUCAAAUCAAUUCGUACUCGACGGGAAAUACACCUGUACCCCGACUUCUCCCUUUCACGCUCUAGCCUCUCGGCACUCGCUCCGAACUCGCAUAAACGCACACACUCUAUUUAUAGAUAGCGUAAGGUUGAUUACUCUUUUCACAGAUAUAUGCCGCCCGAGUCCUUAAGUUUCAUCAUAAACGUAGAAUGGGAGAAUCAUAAACCAAUGUGAUGAGAGAAUAAGCGAAUGAACGAUGGCAAUUCCAACAGAUAGGAGAAAGAAACAAAAGACUGUUUUUAUUCUAUCUACUUGUGUUCUAAAUAUAUCGAGGUGAAAAAUUUUUAAUGGUAGAGACGUAAAAUUAUUUGAUAAUCAUGUUUUAAUUCAUUACCAGACGAUAUACAAAAAAUAUCAAAUAUAUAAUUUAAAGUAAAAAAAUAAAAUAUUUUAACUUAUUUUAACAAGUAUCCUGUGUCUCUGAACACCUAUUCGACCUAUUUUUCAGAUUGAUUUCUAUAUUAAUAAUCUAAAAAAUAUAUUACAUUAUUUGAAGUUCGCUAUCAGUAGAAUGGAUCAAUAGUUGAACAUUAUCAAGAGAAUACUAUCCAUCCCAAGAGUUCCGAAAGAAAUAAAGUAGUAUAAGCGAAACAAGCGGGAGAAGCGUUCCUACUGUGGCAUCAUCCAUAUCUUCCAGCAUAAUAACUUCAAUUUCGUCCCGCGGUAUUGCAAUUUACAAAGAAUUGGGACGCGAAAUGGAGUAGACAAAGUGUGACAGAGAAAGAAAGAGUGAGAUCUACGCUGACGAGACAAAGUGUUAUGGUUCUUAAUGUUACGGGAUAUAAUCUGGCGUCUGAACGACUGUGCGUUUCAGUCAUGCCCGUCAAUGUUUUUCCAUGGACGAAAACCUGUUGUAAAUUACAUCUCUGCGUCUCGGUCCUCUUUUGUACUCGUCCUUCGAGGGAGUUCGUCCGCACGAGGAUCACCGGAGAAUCUUUCCAUCGAUUUAUUUACUUUUCUACCGGGUCACGGUGUACUGGAGAUCCUCAGACCUAUCUUGCACCAUCAACUUCAUCCCUGAAGAAAUUUCUCCAUAUCAGGAAGAGAAACACAAAAAAUGAAGGACUAAGAGAGUAUUUUAGUCUUGAAGGUUUAAAAAGAGGAUCGAAAGAUAAUAAAAGGAACAUGCUCUAUCGGAUUAAUUCCCGAAAGCAAAUGGUCAACCAGCACCUUCUUGAGCAGUCAUAAAUAUUCGAAAAUCUCUAAAAGGAUUUUAUUCUGGAAGGAUCCUAAAUUCCAGCAGGAGCUGCGUUCUCCAACGGUCCUAAGCCUCUUCGUGAACGAACAUCAGGCUCUGCUUCAGCACGCGACUGAAUUGCCGCGGGUGAAAGUGGGAGAUUUACAUGCACCAAAAUCCGAGCCAACACAGUCAAUUUAAACUUUCGUUAGAUCAUUGACACGUUCAAGAAACUGUCUGCUUAGAUAAGUAGAUAAAAGUACUCUUAAAGACUGUCUUAUUGACAACGACUUUGAUAUAACUUCUAUUUUAUUAAAAAUGCCAUAAUCCACCAAUAUAGACUUACACUCUUCUUCUAAAGAAGAAAAGAUAGAGGAAGAUUUUCCAAAAUUAAAAUUCGUGAAUCGGUAACUCGAUUCAUUGAAGCGGCGAUACGGUUAAAGGCCUCCUUGAGGCAAGAAAUCAUUAUUUCCGGCGAAACGGAUUCGACGAUAGAAAAAAGUUACUUUAGAAGUGUAUCCCCGAGCAGAAGGACUACGGGGAUUUGGAGGCGCAAACGGAGAAGAAUUAGAAGCAUCAAAGAAAAAUGGCGUAUGACGAUGUUAUACUUCGAAUGGGGGAGUUCGGCCGAUACCAACGCAGAAUCUACCUGUUGCUCUGUCUACCGGCGAUAUCCUGCGCUUUCCAUAAAAUCGCUGGAGUCUUCCUGAGCGCAAAAAUGAACGCUAGAUGUCUGUUACCACAUGAAAAUCCGGAGAAUGCCACAUAUUUUUUACCGCCACACAUACUGAAUACGAGUUAUCCAGGGGGUUAUGAGCAGGAAAAAUUGUUACAAUGCUACAUGCUGGAUCUUCCUAAUAUCGUUAAUGAGACAACGAUCAAUAGGUACGUUGACACGUCAACGGGUAAUAUACACGGAGAAAAACCAUUAACUCCAAAUAGUCCCAACACCCAAGGAUACAAGCCAUGUGAAACGUUCGUUUAUGAUAGAAGCAAAUAUAAAAGUACUACCACUUCCGAGUGGAAUUUAGUUUGCGAUAGGUCAUGGUUGAGAGCUACGGGGGAUUCGUUGUUUAUGGUAGGAGUCAUGCUUGGCUCGAUGAUUUUCGGUGGUUUGUCCGAUAAGUUUGGGCGUAGACCAAUUUUCUUCCUGUCUUUAGUCAUACAGUUGGUCGGUGGUGUACUAGUCGCAGUUUCCCCCGAGUAUAUUUCCUACGUUGUCUUCAGGUUAAUAGUUGGCUCCACUACUAGUGGAGUCUUUUUAGUCGCUUAUGUAAUAGCCUUGGAAAUGGUAGGACCAAAGAAGCGUUUGGUAGCUGGAGUCGGCUGCCAAUUGUUCUUCACAACUGGAUAUAUUCUAACUGCUGGUUUUGCGUAUUUUAUAACCGAUUGGAGAAUGCUACAAAUCGCUAUCACUAUACCUAGCAUUGCGUUUCUUCUCUACUGGUGGUUCAUUCCUGAAUCCGCACGUUGGUUAUUGACAAAGGGUCGUGUACAAGAGGCGAAAGAUCUCCUCCAACGAGCUUCCUUAGAAAAUGGCGUAGAGAUGCCGAGCGAAGCUCUGGAUACGCUUCUUAAUAGUAAUAACGAAGAAACUACACCAGAUUAUAGAAAGCCAUCGUUAUUUGAUCUUUUUCGGUAUCCAAACUUGAGAAGAAAGAGUAUUUUACUAUUUUUCAAUUGGCUUGUAAAUAGUGGCACAUAUUACGGUUUAUCCUGGCAUGUGUCCAACCUUGGUGGCAACGAUUACGUUAAUUUCGUCAUAUCCGGGUUGGUGGAAAUACCUGCAUACACAUUUUUAAUCUUCACAUUGAAUCGUUGGGGAAGAAAGAUCAUCUUGUGCGGUUGCAUGCUAAUAGCAGGAUUUGCAUUACUUGGAAUCUUGCUUGUACCUGCUGAUGCUCAGUGGCUCAUAAUAUGUUUAGCGAUGAUCGGUAAACUCACAAUUACAUCAUCUUAUGGUGCUAUUUACGUUUUUACUGCCGAACAAUUCCCUACGGUUAUUCGAAAUGUCGGUCUUGGAGCAAGUUCGACAUUCGCUCGAAUCGGUGGAGUAAUUGCUCCACAUGUCAUUCACUUGUCUGAAAUCUGGAUGCCUCUACCAUUUGUUAUUUUUGGAUCGUGCGUACUUUUUGGUGGAGUUAUGUCGUUACUCCUUCCAGAGACGUUAAAUAAGAAGCUCCCAGAAUCUAUACAAGAUGGCGAAUUAUUUGGAAAGAAACCGGAGAAGAAGAAGAAAAAGCAACAACUAGAUAUAGAACAACUAAACGAAGUUGAUGUGAUAAAACCAUUGAAACCACAAGAAAACGGUGUUCACGAGAAGCAAAACGGAUGACGUUAAUUUAGAAAAAAACAACGGUUAUGCUCAAAGUAUAUACUUCAAUCCUGUCUGAUUGUAUUUUAGGCACCCUUGUAUACGUGUCUUACGUAUACUAAGCUUAGUGUGCCCAUUGCAAUACUGCAGUACCAAAAACAAAACAAAACAAAAAAAAAAGCAAAAUUACAUUUAUGUUUCAAAUUAUAUCACCAAUGAUGUAGGUUGCUUUUAAUCAAACGAAACAUGCAAAACGUGAAAUCGAAGGAUGAUAAGAAAUGUAUACUUAGACUUUCAGCUUGUUUCGUAAUUACUGGAAAAUACAAUGAAAGCAAGAAGGUAGCAUUUUCCUUAUGUUUAUACAUACACGCAAUAUACAGCUUUUGUAUUUAAUAGCACAUAAAAAUUCUGCCAACAUAUAUAUCAUUUAUUUUAAUUUCUAAAUGUGGUUUACAUACAUGUUAAGUGACCUUGAAAUAUAAACCUGUAAAAGCUUCUUUCGAAAGCUCACGCAGGAAAUAAUUAUAUUUCUGCGCUGAGAUCGCAGAUAAAAAAUACAAAGACUUUGACGUUUUAA